AUGAACGGCACGGGAUUGGUCGGUUCCUCCCCCUCCCUCAGGCCAGCCAGACCCCCACUUGCUCUGUCUGACUGGCUGGGCCCCUCUAACCCGCCUCUCCCCAUGGCAGACGACGCGCCGUCGCUGCAGCAGCCCCUGACGGGGAACUCCUCGACGCCGCGAAAGAAGCGCGCAUGGUCCAUCGUGGAUUUCCUGGUGCAGUUCCGCUGGAUCCUCGUAAUCUUCGUCGUGCUGCCCGUCUCCUUCGCCUUCCAGUGCAACAAGGACUUCUGGGACUGGUGGUCGAACCGCAAGAGCUUCGCGCAGCGCGAGCGCGAGCACCAGGCCGCCGUGCAGAAGCUCGUUAAUCGCCUCAAAUCGCGCGACCGGCGCCGCGACGGGCUGGUGUGCACGUCGCGCAAGCCAUGGCUGUCGGUGUCGAUGCGCAACUCCGACUACAAACGUGUGCGGCGCUUCGAGGUCGACAUGAACGAGUUCUGCCAGAUCCUGGCCGUCGAUACCGUCAACCGCAUCGCGCGCUGCGAGCCGUACGUCGGCAUGGGGCAGCUGAGCGCCGUGACCGUGCCGCUGGGAUACGCGUUAGAAGUGGUCCCGGAACUGGAUGAUCUCACCGUGGGCGGGCUGAUCAACGGCUACGGCAUCGAGGGCUCGUCGCACAUCUACGGCCUCUUUCAGCCAACUCGGAAUGAUUCUCAACUCCCCUUCCGCCGCCCUCCGCGUCGCUUCCACCUUCCCCGCAGGACACGGUGGAGGCGUACGAGAUUGUGCUGGCGGACGGCACGCUGGUGCCUUGCAAGUCAGCUGAGAAUUCCCCUCCCUCCUUUUCCCCGCCCUUCUGCCCUCCCCCUCCCCCCUCCCCCCUUUCCUCCUCCGCGCCGCGUCGCUUCCAACUCCCCGCAGGACACGGUGGAUGCGUACGAGAUCGUGCUGGCGGACGGCACGCUGGUGCGCGCGACGCGCGACAACGAGCACGCGGAUCUCUUCUACGCGAUCCCGUGGUCGCAGGGCACGCUGGGGCUGCUCGUCGCCGCGGAGAUCCGACUCAUCCCCGUUAAAGAGUUCAUGCGCGUUACGUACACCCCCGUUAGAGGCACGCUGCGCGAAAUGACCCAGGCGUAUAUCGACUCGUUCUGCCCGCGCGACGGGGACCAGGAUAAUCCGGAUAAGGUUCCGGAUUUCGUGGAAGGGAUGGUGUACACGCGGUCCGAGGGGGUCAUGAUGACCGGGAGAAGAGGGGAAGGUGAUUGCGGUCAGAGUGCGUUGGUGCUGGUGCCGCUUUAUAAGGUGGCGGACGCGCUCGAACUGAACGAGCGGGAGUUCGAGGUGUAUCCCAUAUGGCUGUGUCCCCACCGUCUCUUCAAGCACCCCAUGCGCCAGAUGAUCAACCCCCAGCCGGGCUUCGCAUCAACCUGCACCAGACACCCUUUCCUCUCCAUUCCCCUCUUCGCCCCUCCCCGCAUCAUUCCCCCAAGUGUGUACCCCAUAUGGCUGUGCCCGCACCGCCUCUUCAACCACCCCAUGCGGCAGAUGAUCAACCCCGAGCCGGGCUUCUGGGACCACAGGCGGCAGGGCGACACGGCAGCGGCACAAAUGUUCACAGACAUCGGCCUCUACUAUGCGCCGGGGGCUGUGAUGAGAGGAGAGGAGUUUGACGGAGUGGCGGCGGUUCAGCGCAUGGAGAAGUGGCUUAUCGAAAACGCGUCCUUCCAGGCUCUCUAUGCGGUGACAGAGCUGAACGAGAGGGACUUCUGGCGCAUGUUUGAUGCCUCCCUUUAUGCUGCCUGUCGGGAGAAGUACCAAGCAGUGGGCACGUUCAUGAGCGUGUACUACAAGUCGAAGAAGGGGCGCAAGACAGAGGCGGAGGUGAUGCAGGAGGAGCGGAAAGAGAAGGAAAGGGUGGGAGGGAAUGCGUGUGGGGCAGUGGGCACGUUCAAGAACGUGGCCUGCAAGUCGAGGAAGGGGCUGGGAUGGAACGCACGUUAUGCAGUGGGCACGUUCAUGAGUGUGUAUUACAAUUCGAAGAAGGGGCGCAAGACAGAGGCGGAGGUGAUGCAGGAGGAACGGAAAGAGAAGGAAAGGGUGGGAGGGAAUGCGUGUGGGGCAGUGGGCACGUUCAAGAACGUGGCCUGCAAGUCGAGGAAGGGGUUGGGAUGGAGCGAGUGCAAUGCAGUGGGCAUGUUUAUGGGCAUGGCUUGUAAGUCGAAGAAGGGGCGCAAGACAGAGGCGGAGGUGAUGCAGGAGGAGCGGAAGGAGAAGGAAGUUGCCAUUGCCGAGUCUGCUUAG